AUGACUCCUCUGGCGCCUGUUAAGGCGGCCACUGACCACGACCUUUGCCGUGGCCAUGCCUCUCCAGUCGUCAGUCGCUCUUUCACAUCGCCGUCACCGAUGGCGAGUGAACAAGUUCGAAAACGACAGAUUAAACAAGACAUCUCGCAAAACCAUCACCGUGCAGAAAAGCGGAAGGCAAGAAGUACCCGUGCCGUCGCUCCCAAAUUUCCCCCAGCUUUUUACGACGACUUAUCCGAGAUACCCUUAACACUCAACAUCCUGCGAGAAUUAGAUCAGAGGAACGACGCGCGCGCAAAGACGGAAAAACGAACCAACCCCAUCGGUUCACUGCCCAAGGAUCUUUCUCGAUUCUCAAGACGCGGUGGCCCAGAUCUGCAGCACCUUAGAGAGUUUUCGAGCAAGACACGAAACCCUUCGAUAAUGGAAAAUACUAGUUCCAGCUCCCGAAGUCGACGGACGCUAUCAACGAGAGCGACAAGUGUUACUUCUAGAAGCGGCUCAACGCGGUACGGGAAGGAGUUUGAUCAACACCUUCGUGACCACGGUGUAUAUGUGAACAACCGUAAAUCGAAACCGUUGAACACAGAGGAAACAAAGAUGAGAUUGGAACAGAGCCGCGCGUCCUUGUCGCCGUCACAAUUCUCAGAGCAACAGUUUAAGGCAUUUCAAAGGAAGAAUGAAGAUGCUGUGUUUAAAUCUGAUGUCAUGGCUGAUGUCAUUCCCUUUAUCUGUGGAGAUUAUCCCAUUCCCAGCAAACAGAAUGUCCUCUUCACCGAGCUUAAACCUCCCAUUAAUGGCAACGCCGUGAGACCAAAGCCAGAUCAUUUUGACGGCGCUGAUCUUGCGGACCUUUAUAUGGAGGUACGAAAUGACGAGGAAGUUAGGCAAAGAGUUAUCCCUACAAAGCACCCCGGUGUUCCAGUGGCGGCCAACUUCUUCAUAGAGGCCAAGGGACCUGACGGAAAUGCAUCAGUUGCACAGAGGCAGGCAUGCUACGACGGAGCGUACGGUGCCCGUGCCAUGCACACGUUGCAGAAUUAUGGGAAAUCCCAAGCGGAAUAUGAUAGAAAUGCUUAUACCUAUAGCUCAAUCUAUCAUCCUGCUACUGGCACCCUUCAACUGUACGCACAUCAUAUUACAGCUCCUGCUAAUACUGGAGGACGGGCAGAGUACCACAUGACCAAACUAUGUGGCUUUGAUUUGACAAACAAUCGCGCGACUUUUGUCGAAGGGGCCACGUUUUUUAGAAAUGCAAGGCUGUUGGCCAAAGAACAUCGCGACCGGGCCAUCCAGGUUGCAAACGGAGAAGCUGCCGAAGUUAAGGAUCGAAGUGACAAUUAA